AUGGCUGAGGAUGAUCAGCAUUUUGUUGUCUUUGGAGAACCUUUUGAUGAAGAUGAUGAUGAAAGUUCCAGAUUUUUGCAUCCGAAAGCUAGGCCUCAGGCUUAUGAACAACGCGUGUUAAAUGAACGUGGUCGACCUAUGCGCUUUCAUGGGGCCUUUACUGGAGGUUUCUCUGCUGGUUAUUUUAAUACAGUUGGGUCUAAAGAAGGUUUUAAACCACAAUCAUUCACAUCAUCUCGACGAAACCGUACGCAAAAUAGUGUACAGAUUCAAGGCAAACCAGAAGACUUUAUGGAUGAUGAGGACUUUGGCGCCUUUGGUAUUGCCCCACGUCACUAUCGAACCCGUCGCGAGUACGAUGAUCAUCACAUUUUUGACACACUUUCGGAGUCUCUCGGAGGAAAAUCGGUCAUUCCAGCUGCAGAUGAUAUCCUUAAGCGUAUGCUUAUACCCUCUGGGACAAGUUUGGCAGAUAGGCUCCUACGGCGAAUGGGAUGGAAGUCGGAAGAUAUUGCUGAUGUUGUCGCCGAAGAUGAAGCUGAGAAGAUUGCUGCCUCCCAAUGUACUAAAGAACGCGACUAUGCGGUGAUCAGCUUCGCCCCUAAGACGAAUACUUUCGGUUUGGGAUACUCUGGUUUGGAUCCGGACAUCGCUUUCGGUAGACGAGCCCCAACUUCUAUGCAUGAUCCUCAAGCUGAGUCUGUGACAAACCUUCAGCGACGUGAACAAUUAUCCCAUGUUGGGUUCAAUCCCUCAACUGGACCCAUUCGUCAGGGUAUCCGAGGCCAAGCCUUUGGCGUGGGAGCGCUUCAUUCCGAGGACGCAGACAUCUACGCAACGGACAGUUUGGCCACUUAUGACUUCAGCAUUGCACCGACCGAAGAGGAAGCUGAUGACGAAAUGGCCGAUUUGGAGGCUGCACAACAUGGUCGUUUCUCUGAUCUUAGACGGAAAUCAAAACCCAGCAAUUCCACUCUGGAUGGGUGGACGCCUCCCACUCUUCCGAAAAUUUCGCUUUCUGGUGUGGAGGAACACGACAAGAUAGAUGACAUCGAAGGUUUUGUGAGGCCGGUGAACUCCGAUGCGCGUCUGGUUCUGGCUAAUUCUGAGUUCUUUGUCAUUCCAAAAGUAGUGCACCUUCCACCGGGUUACAACCCCAUUUUUCAUCCAGAAUGUCUUGGAGGAGGUAAUUUGGAAGAAACUGGUCAAGAGGAACCUUCAAUUCCAGAAGUUUCUGUUGCACCUCUUUUGAAACCCUUCGUCGGUGAUUCUGCAAAACAGGCGAGGUUUGAGGCCUACCAGCUUCUCAUCAGACAGGGCUUGACUCAGAUUCUAAUGCUCAAUCCUCAAUCUGCAGAUGAAGAAGCUUAUGAACGCUGUUCAACCCAAACUCCGGAUCUUACCUCGGAAACUCGAGUCUUUGAAGCUAACGUCUUCGCUACUUUGGUGAAAAAUCUUAGACCUUCACUAAAACCUCUCAAAGCCUCACCUUCAUCGCAACCGUCUUCCACGCCAACAAUUCCACCGCAUGAAGCCUCAACAGAACAGACGCAAGAAAGAGACAAUCGCCCAUUGACAGCUGGAAUUUUAGACUCGGAGAAACAGCGACUGGUUGCAAAUCUCUUGAAAUCACGAUUUCGAUCUGCCGGAGAGAUGGACAUCACUCAGGAGUUGACUGCAGCUCAGGAAGAGGAGAGGAGGAAGGACCUUGAGUCUCUUGAUAUGACCGAUCCGAGGGAUAACGCUGCAGCAAAUGAGACCUAUGGUGUUCUCACUCGUCGAACUCUAACUUGGCAUCCUGCAGCUCUGCUCUGUAAACGGUUCAAUGUCCCCAAUCCAUAUCCAGACUCGAAAUUUGUCGGAUGUCCAGAAGAUCGCAGAAUGCGUCGACCACCACGUAAAGGUAAAAGGCGUGCUGACGAUGUCACUUCCAGUGAGUUUACACUCUUCCAGCUUCUUGACAUGAACGUCGGAGACAGAGGUGGAGAUGAUGAUGGUAGCGACUAUUCAGAAGAAGAGGAGGGGGAAAAGUCCGGUGAAGAAGAGGAGGCGACUGCCAGCCUCACUUUUGAGACGUCCACGAAGCCACUUGGUGGUCCACCUCAAUCAAUCUUUGAAGGGCUGUUUGCUCAAUCUGAGAAGGCUCAACAGGAACGGCAGAAUGAGAAGUCUGCGGAAAAAACUGAAUCGGUUCCUAUCAAUCCAACACCGAGAAUAUUAGGCCCUGUAGCUCCACCUCAAGAUAUUUCCAAAUCAUUCACCCCUAAUGAAGAAGGUGUGCCCUCCAUGGAUCUCUUCAAAUCCAUCUUCGCUUCGGAUGAAGAGUUAGAAGACGACGAUGAUGAUGGACAAGAAAAUGACGAUCUUGCUACUCUCAUGCAACCCCCUCCAACAAUAGAGUCAUCAUCUACUGAAUUCAGGCCAUCAGUAGUAUCCGCCAGUCCCACUCAGCAAGAUGAGCCAGUACUAGGUGAAGAGAAGGAAAAGGAGGUUACUAGACCACCAAACCCUCCAGACUUAUCUGUUCAUCAGCUGUUCAAGCACUUGUUCAAUCCUGAGAUGGAUAGCGAAGCUCCACUUUUCGCCAUUUCGAAGGUGGCUAAUCAACGAAGGGAGGAGAGGCGCAUGGAAUUGGAAUUGAAUUCUACAAAAGCGAGUUCUUCAAAAGAACUCGUUUCCGAAGACGAUUUUUAUGGUCCCUCACUUCCACCUGGUUUUGGAGGCGCUGAAGCUUCAAACAUUUCAACGUCUAUUGCAAUCAAUUCGACAAGCUCUUCAUCAAAGGAUGUGGACUAUGUCGAGCGCAAGAAUUUCUUUGCUUAA